AACACCUUGAACAUAUUCGUAAAGAUAUUCGUAAAUUCAAAGAUGAUAAUCAGCUUGAUAAAGUCAUUGUCGUAUGGACUGCCAAUACCGAACGUUUUGCUGAAAUUAUCCCAGGCGUGAACGAUACGGUCGACAAUCUUUUAAAAGCCGUUGAGAACAGCCAUCCGGAAAUUUCGCCAUCCACAAUUUUUGCUUUGGCCUGUAUUCACGAAAAGACACCCUUCAUUAAUGGAUCGCCUCAAAAUACCUUUGUUCCUGGUUGCAUUCAACUUGCAGAACGUGAACGCGUUUAUAUCGGUGGAGACGAUUUUAAAUCUGGGCAAACAAAAGUCAAGUCUGUUUUAGUCGACUUUUUGGUGAAUGCCGGUAUUAAACCAAUUGGUAUCACUUCUUAUAAUCAUCUUGGUAAUAAUGAUGGCAAGAAUUUGUCUGCACCACAACAAUUCCGAUCCAAAGAAAUUUCCAAAAGCAAUGUUGUUGAUGACAUGGUUGCUUCUAACCAAAUCCUCUAUAAGUCCGGUGAACAUCCCGAUCACGUUGUCGUUAUCAAGUAUGUACCAGCAGUUGGUGAUUCCAAACGAGCCCUCGAUGAAUACGUUUCGGAAAUAUUUAUGGGUGGAAAGAACACUAUUUCAUUGUAUAACACAUGUGAAGAUUCUCUCUUGGCCUCUCCGCUUAUUUUGGAUUUGACCAUUAUCACCGAGUUAAUGACACGUAUUGAAUAUUGUGCUGGUGACAUGAAGGAAUUUGCACCUUUUGAUGCAGUUUUGUCCAUCUUGAGUUUCAUGUUAAAAGCACCUUUAGUACCACCGGGAACCCCUGUUGUUAAUGCAUUGAAUAAACAGCGUAUGGCAAUGGAAAAUUUAUUCCGCGCAUGCAUUGGAUUAGCUCCUCAAAAUGAAAUGCUUUUGGAACAUAAGGCUCCGGCUAUUCGUAAAUAUUAG